AGUAGUUUCUAUUAUGGAGUCGAACCGGGCUAUUUUGUGCGAUAAUCUAAUCAAGUGGUUGCAGACGCUUAAUCUUACUGCAAAACAUGGGAAUCCAGCAGAAUUAUCCGAUGGAGUGGCAAUCGCCGAGGCACUCACUCAGAUUGCUCCUGAAUAUUUCACACCAUUGUGGUACUCCAAAGUCAAGACGGAUGUCGGUAACAAUUGGCGACUAAAAGUCAGCAACCUCAAGAAAAUAUUAGAGGGAGUUGUUGAUUAUCAUCAAGAUAUACUAAAUUUAAGUCUUCAAGAGUUUUCGAGGCCCGAUGUAGUGAAUAUUGCUGAGAAUGCUGACCCUUCAGACUUGGGAAGGCUCCUGCAAUUGGUACUCAGUUGUGCUGUCAACUGUAUUAAGAAAGAGGAAUAUAUCACACGUAUCAUGGAGUUGGAAUUAUCAUGUCAGAGGUCUAUAAUGCAGGCUAUUCAAGAGUUGGAGACGUUGACUCUCGGUCCGAAUCGUGGAAGUCUGCACCCGGAGACGCCUGCCACGGAUCAGACCGAUGCGGAGAUGAGAGAAGUGCUCGCGCAGCGGUGCCAUGAACUUGACAGUCAGAUUGUUAAACACAGAGCUUGA